GCAGUCGCUGGCAACGCCAGCAAUGGAGAGAUCACUUGGCCCACGCCUCACACCGUCCAUGUACGUGCUGACUCCGGCGGAAGACUCUGCGCCUCCUCACCAAAUGAGCGGCUACGACUCUGUUCAGACCGUGGGAGGGAUAUAGAGACGCGCGGGACGGUUGAUAGAGGAUAUUCUCAGUUAUGUCUGCGGGUUCCGGCCCAUCGAAGGAUGCAUCAAGGCUGUCUUGGACACCGCUCGUAGACAGUUCGGGCUCAGUUCAGUGCUGUGUAACAUUGGGUUUCAUUUUCUUCCUGCGUUCCAGGCCACACCUUGUUGAGAUUAUGGUCGAGGUCCUUCUAGGCUGCCAAACGCCCAUUCCAUUCUUCAUUGUUCUUGUGGGGCCAUGGCCUCUCUGCCAGAAUAUACUAUCGAUCGAAUCCACGCCAGCAGUCGAGGACUGGUGUGCGAUUUUGGGGUCGAUCGGAAGGCGAUCCUGGAGUGUGGCACAGUCGGCUGACUCAUGGAAGCUACGAGUAGCUGUCCGAUCGGCAUCAAGCUCUUUCAGGUGGGUACCCGCACAGGGCAAGUAUGUCCUUCCGUUCUAUAAUUGACUGGUGCAGAUCCGCACUGGGGAGCAACUAGGACCGUCACUACGCUCUGAUGCGCCGAGCAAGACCACAGGCACAGCUGAGAAGGCAAGAAUCGAAUUCGAGUAGACUUUCAGUGCCAUAAAAGGCGCGAGAGGGGAAAGACUCAAGGAAAACGCGAUCUGCGUCGCUGACUUAUGGCGGGAGGAGCGAGUUGAUGGCGAGCCUGGGCGAGAUAUUGC